GUCAAUCUUAAUUUUAUAUAGAAACACAGUACAAUGUGUGUCCUAUGAUUGAGACAGUUUGUUCUCACAACAUGGAUCUCACAACGAAAGCUCUCACAACACACAUCUUCUUCUAUAUUUUUGUAAGGAUUGGGCCAACAUUUGAUCUGAGCUACAAGUUAUUCUGCGAGAGGGUAAUCCGCCAAAGGCUGCUGAUCAACCAAGAGGUGCUGAGGAUGAGCCAACUGAGGAAGGCCUUUAUUGCUCUUGUGCAGUCAAGUGAAGGUGUUGAUGCUUCAACCUACAGACAGGAUAUGUUGAAGAAGAGGCUCAGUCGUGAUUUUCCUCAGCUAGUGUUCCACACCGCCGCCAAACGCAACACAUCUGAACUGGUUUUUGCUGAGAACUUGUCGACGAAUGCAGUCUUGGACUUGUUACCAUCAGGUGCGGAGACGACUCAGUCCAGCGAAAUGAGCCAGACAGACAGCGACACGGAAAGGAGGAAGUCAAAGCAACCAACCACAGCAGAGGAGACACAGACACUUUACACAGCAGCUUUGCUUUUGAAGAGGCUGCUUAGUCACAGUCCUGGCAUGGCAUGCCCAUGGCCCCCAACUGCAGUAAACUUCAAUCUCACUGAAGUCAUUUGCUGUGGCAUGCGCAAAAGAUGUGUACCUGGAUGCUUUCACAGAUCUGGGGAGUGACUUUAACCUGGCUCAAUCUACAUUUGCCCUACUAUGCAAAUAUGUCUGUCAUCUCUAUGAUCAG